AUGGCGGUCAAGGCCGAGGUGAACCAGCUCAAGGACGGCGACAAGAAGGGCCUGGUUGAUUCCGUCGAGACGUUCAUCUUCGACUGCGACGGCGUCAUCUGGAAGGGCGACUCCCUCAUCGAGGGCGUCCCCGAGACCAUCGCCAUGCUCCGCGAGAUGGGCAAGAGGCUCAUCUUCGUCACCAACAACUCCACCAAGUCCCGCGCGGGCUACCUCAAGAAGUUCCUCGGCCUGGGGCUCGAGAUCACCGCCGAGGAGGUCUUUUCCUCCUCCUUCGCCGCCGCCGCGUACCUCGAGUCCGUCAACUUCCCCAAGGACAAGAAGGUGUACGUCGUCGGCGAGGUCGGCAUCCUGGAGGAACUCGACGGCGUGGGCAUCCAGUACCUCGGCGGCGAGGCGGAUGGCGACAAGAAGGUGACCCUCUCCCCCGGUCAGCUCAUGGAGCACGACCCGGACGUCGCCGCAGUCGUCGUCGGCUUCGAUCGCAACGUCAACUACUACAAGAUCCAGUACGCCACGCUGUGCAUCCGCGAGAACCCGGGGUGCCAAUUCAUAGCGACCAACACCGACGCGGUGACCCACCUGACUGACGCGCAGGAGUGGGCCGGUAACGGGAGCAUGGUGGGCGCGAUCAAGGGCUCCACCAAGCGGGAGCCGACGGUGGUGGGCAAGCCCGCGCCGUUCAUGCUCGACUACAUCGCGAACAAGUUUGACAUUCGCAAGGAUCAGAUCUGCAUGGUUGGCGACCGUCUCGACACCGACAUCCUCUUCGGGAAGGACGGCGGGCUGAGGACGCUGCUGGUGCUCUCCGGGGUGACGGACGAGGCGACGCUCAAGUCCCCGGAGAACGAGAUCCACCCGGACUACUACACGUCCAAGCUCGCGGACCUCCUCACGAUCAAGGCUUCCGUCAACGCGUAG